AUGUCCUCGGGCAAUACCUUCGAAGAUCUCAGUGGGAUCUCCACCUCGUCCUUCAGCAACCCAUAUCAAGCAUUGAUAGCAGCCUGUGAAGAUGACCCUGCGCAAAUUCAGAAAAAGUAUGCCUUCCAUCGAGCAGCAAGAAACUCCCAACAAAAAGCCAAGAUGCUGGAUGCGAGCUUCCCGGGCGUCAGCAUCGACCCAAUCCUGCUCAGGUUGAGUGAUCCGACUAUUGAACCUGGCUACGUAGAUCCAAGGCAUUGUCUCGUCUUCUGGGUUCGCCCGACGCAAAAGAUCAAGGACCUCAUAAACCGAGUCCAACAAGAGCUGUUGACUGUUGCGCCGAAUCUAUGGCUCAUGCCUCGAGAUUGCCAGCACAUCACUGCGUUGGAAGUUACACACUCCAAGACGGCAGAAGAGAUCCAAAAGCUGGUUAACCAGAUGCGCGACAAGGUGCCUGCCAUCACCGAUUACACUUCCAGACAUCGUGUUCGGCUCAUCAAACCAACGAUCGGCUACGAUGCUUCAGCCCUCGCGUUGAGUUUCGUACCCGCUGCCGGCGAAGGUCUUCACUCAGGUCGAAGCUCGAAGGAUGACCAGUUCACGUACCACCACCUCCGCCGCGAUCUCUACGAUCUGUGCAAAGACACAGGCGUUGUAGUUGACUCGCGGUAUGUUGUGCCUUCGAGCCAUUUGACGAUUGGUCGUUUCAUUAGCACCAAGGAUCUUGCCGAUGAGAUGGGCUCACCUGACCCUAAGAAGAUGGAAACGUUCAUCACAAAGAUCGAGGAGAUUAACCGCUGGCUAGAGGAAGAGUUCUGGCCAGAGCACAACGACGGCAAGAUACCAGAAGGAGGCGAAUUCAAUCUUGGCGAAGAGACGGGGCUGGACUAUCGUAUGGGCACGUUGUGGUAUGGAGGCGGAGAGUCUGUCCACCGUGGGGAGGGCUUCUAA